AUGUUCAAGUCCAAACGCUCAGGUCUCGUUCGGCGACUCUGGAGAAGCCGUCUGGUCACCGGGAGCGAGGGCGCGCGCGAUGAUGGAUGCGGCCGGAGCGAGGGGGCGGCGCGGGACGGCGCGCGCGGCAGGAAGCUCCACAGACGCGAGCCCGGGCCGGUGACGCGCGCACGCCCGGGCCCGGGUCCGGGACCCGCGGCCGCGGCCGGGGCCGGAGACCCGCCGGAGGAGGAGCAGCCCCCGGAGGAUGAACCGGGGCCGGCCACGUGCGUCCCGGAGCGGGAACCGGAGGCCGACGGCGGGACGGUGACGUGCUGUCUGUUCGGUGAAUGGGAUUUCAGACCCCGGAGCGCGUACUGGACUCAGAGGAAAGACGGGGGGGACCCCGGUGCGGGUCAGGAGGAGGAACUGGCCGCGCACGCGUUCCUAAAGAGACUCAAGGAGAGGUCUCUGGACGCGCUGGUGAGGGCCGUGGAGACCAAAGGAGGGGUACCGGGAGAGUGCGUCAUGGUGCCCGGCUCGGAGCUGCGGCUCGGGGCUCAGCGCAUCCCUCCGCAGCACGUUCUGUGUAGGCUGUUCCGGUGGGGGGACCUGCCGGCCUCCGCCCGCCUCAAAGCGCUGAGCCAGUGCCAGAGCUACGGGGCGGAGGACGGGGUCAAGGUGUGCUGCAACCCCUACCACUACAGCCGGUUAUGCGGGCCAGAGUCGCCUCCUCCUCCGUACUCUCUGUCCCGGACAGACGAACACAAGCCACUGGACUCAGCCCUGUCUUACACUGAAACGGCGCGCCCCCCCCUCAGCAGUCUGCCUCACAUCAUGCCAAGAGACUACACAGACACUGGUACCUCCCUGGGCUCCUCGGGGUCCGGCGGCCAUCGCUCCCCCUGGUGCAGCGUGGCGUACUGGGAGCAGCGCACCCGCGUGGGCCGCCUGUACCCGGCCCACGAGCCCGCGCUCAGCAUCUUCUACGACCUACCUCAGGGCACCGGCCUCUGCCUGGGCCAGCUGCACGCCAACGCCUACCACCGCCGGCGGGAGGACCCGGGCGGGUCCAGGAUCCGCAGCAAAAUCGGGUUCGGCAUCGUGCUGAGCCGGGAGCCGGACGGCGUCUGGGUCUACAACCGGAGCCAGCACCCGGUGUUCGUGCACUCGCCCACGCUGGACCCGCCCGGCGCCCGCGGGCUCAGCGUGGAGCGCGUCAUGCCCGGGUUCUCCCUCAAGGUGUUCGACUACGAGCGCUCCAGCUGGAUGGCGGCGCGCGGCCUGAAGCCCGAGGCCCAGGAGGGGCCCUGGGACCCCCACAGCGUGCGCAUCAGCUUCGCUAAGGGCUGGGGCCCCUGCUACUCCAGGCAGUUCAUCACCUCCUGCCCCUGCUGGCUGGAGGUGCUGCUCAACACCCACAGAUAG